AUGGACGGUCCAGUUUUAGACAAGGAUGGCAACAUCUCACAUCUGCGCAUUGAUUUUGACGCAAAUGAUCGCGAAAGAUUCUUAGAAAACCAGAAGGUGAUGGACCUGUUCAAAGAUCAAUUUGCUGGAUUCAAUGUUUUACUCUUCAGUCGCAAAGGAAGUAUUGAUGUUGUGUGCUACGACUAUUGCACUCUUGAAGGACCCCAUCCAUCUCUUGAUCACGUUUUCGAUUUUCAUUUAAAGAAAAAGUCCUCAAUCCGCCCCGGAACUCUAGGUCUGCGGCAGCAAAUCAGUACCUUUCACGAAUUAAUUGCGACGGACGAAAAGACCACUACCAUCCACUCUUUUGACCAAUCAGGAUAUGGAACAGUUGACAUUAUUCAAAAUACAAUCAAGAAGUGUCAGCUCUUAGCCAAAUUGAACGCAAGGCGACACAAAAUUCCACAAUGGUUGCACCACAUCAUCAACAAGCAUCCGGACUUGCCCCUGGGGACUAUCCGUUGGGAGGCCGUUGACGGGGCUGGAGAGACCGUUGGGGGAAGUGCCCCUGGCGUCCUGUGGUGCAAUGAUGCCAGUGUGGUAGAACGGAGAGCAGGUGCGGACAGCAGGAACUCCAAUUGCGCGUAUGCUGACUUUACAUCCCAUUUUACAAAUGAUCAUUCACGUGGAUUUGCGAUAAUCAAAGCCGCAUUGGCAGUAGUCUAUGUAAACAGGAUACUUGCUAUUCAGUCUCCCCUCUCGGACAUAAGUCAAAGCUGGAGCCGCGAUGACAGCGACGGCGACGUUGGGUCCGGGAGAGGAGAAAUCCAUCCCAGUUCGCCAUGGUCACUCCUGAGGGGAAGCUGGAGGUCUUCAUGUCGGAGGCGGCGCUGCGCACGGAGGCGCACCAAAGGACGCGCCAGCGAGGCCUGGUGCAUGUGGAUGCGGCGGCGGGAGAUUAUAGCUCGGAAGAUAGUCGACGAGGAGGAGAAGCGGCGCGAGGCCAGUGGCUACUUUGAGGUGAGGUCCAAUGUAUUCAAUUUGAGUGUAAGCGAAAAUGGAUUUAUAAGAAAGGGGAUAAGAAGAGUUGGUCAUUACCGGAGAAAGCACGGUCGUAAGAACUACACGGCAAGGAGUGCUUAUCUCGGUUCGGAGGUGGUUCAGGCUAGCUCGACAUAG